UUAAAAAUUUAAAAAAUAAAUCACGUAGACUUCUUUCAAUUUGUACCAUAUGAUGACCGAUUUUCAGCGGUAUCUGAGAAGGUCCGAAAAAGGGCAGCUGAACUGACGGAGAACGCCCCAUACAAAGUCCCUCGAAUGCAUUUGCGUUACAGAUAGAUUCGAUUUCAAUUCACUCGAGGCGAUAUGAAAUGCGUUUUUGUAAAUCAAUUAUCGAUGAAAAUUCAGAGCUCCCACUCUUCUGGCGAGAUUUCUUUAUAUUUUGGAGUUGCCCGCGAGUACACAUGCAGUUUGACUGUUGAAUUUCGUCAAGAUGAACGCAGCCAAAUUUUUAUUCAUCUUUUUCGCCGCGACUGCAACUGCAGCUCCACAACUGGGUGUGGGGACUGGGACUUCAUCUCACUCUACCAUCACUGAAACUCACAGUGGAACAUCGAUCGGCAAUCCUGGCAUCUCUGCUUCAGCCACAUCGAUAAACGAACAGACGUCGGUCGUACAAAACACAGGCGUCGGAGGUGUCGGUAAUUCAUUCACGGCUGCUGCUUCGGUUCCACUUUCAAUUGGUGCUGCUGCUGCAGCUCCACUUGCGGCUGCUGCUGCGGCUCCAUUUGCGGCUGCUGCUGCGGUUCCAAUUGCGGCUGCUGGCGCUGCGGCUACACUUGCAAGUGCUGCUGCAGCUCCGUUUACGGCCGUAGGAAUCCCCGUGUUUGGAACUUCCAAUGGAGUUCGGAGCAAUCCGUUCCAAUUAUUCUCUGGCUAAUUGGGAAAAAUCGGUAGAAAUCCCGAGUAUCGGUACGGCUACCUGGGCAACAUGGCGUCGCACCGCGUUAUCAGCUGAUCGUCUUAGGCAACCGAAUUCACUUUUAUUAAAUACGAUCCGCUCGAAGUUUACAUUUCCUGUCGUCAGAUGACCUUCCGUGAUACUUUCGAUCCCAAUGGAUUGAUAACGAUAUUCAAUUUCGUUUUAUAACUUCUUAUCUCUUGUUACAUAUCCUUAUGAUGUUUCGUUGUUCUUCUUUUUAUACAUCGUCAAAGAUGUAAGGAAAAUUUACAUUGGUGAAAUCUGACGGACUGCGAAUCAAAAUCAAAACUAAUAUUGCUGCGUUAGAUACUUUUAAGAAAUUCAGUUUUACAAUGGAGAGUAUCAAGACUGUUUGUAUAAUAAUCGUCUGUGUGAUUAAAGAAUAAAGAUAUUCAUAUCCUGA